UACAUCCGGUUAUGCCAAGAGUUAUUCCCCGUCCUGCCAGCAGUGCAAAACAAGUUGGGACUAUGACAGGAGACCCAAAUAAAGCGGUACCACUUCCUAGUGGUCCUGCGUCUCUGUGCUUUGACAAAGAUGUGUUUAUGAAGGAUGGAUUUGAUGUAGAUAAUUUUGUGAUGGAAUGCAGGAGAAGAGUACCACUGGAGACACUGAGAGAUGAUCUAAACACAUACUUGAAAAUUCUCCGCAGUGCCAUGAUAGAACUUAUUAAUAAAGACUAUGCUGAUUUUGUCAACUUAUCUACAAAUUUGGUUGGAAUGGAUAAAGCUAUUACUAAUUUGACAGUACCAUUGGGAGAAAUGAAAGACCAAGUUAUGACUGUGAAAGUAGCAAUGGAAGAAGCUGUACAUGCUGUUGAAGAAAAACUAAAACAUAGGGAGCAAAUCAGGGAGAAAAAAGCAUGCUUACAGAGACUGAUGAAUAUCAUAAGCUCAGUGGAGAAAAUUGAGAAGCUACUGGGUAUCUCAGACAAUGAGUCCACUACUGGAACACUGACUGGACAGUUGAUUGAAAGAGUAGCCAAUGAAUUCAACAAGUUACAGUUUAAUGUUACAAAGAGCAAAGGACAUGCCUUAGUAGACAAAAUAAGACCAAGAAUAACAACAAUCACAACGACACUGCAAUACAGUUUAGAAGGACAUUUUGUUGAGGGUCUAGAAAAUGGGAAUGUGGAAAUCUUGCAGCAAUGUCUGAGGACAUACGCCCUGAUAGAUAAGAUUAAAGAUGCAGAAAAUUUGUUCAGAAUUAAUGUUGUACGACCAUAUAUGGAAAAGGUAAUCACAGAACAGUUUUUGAAAGCUAACAACCUUCAAGGAAUGUAUGCAAAAAUACUGGAGUUUGUGCCACUGCAUUGUAAAAUUCUCAGGGAUGUCACCACAGGCUCAUCUGAUACAGUUAGAGGUUAUGACUUUUUAGUAAAUGCUGUCUGGCCUGAGGUCGUCAGUGAUAUAGAAGCAGGAACUUCAUCAAUAUUUGCACCAGGAAAUCCAGCAGCUUUUCACCAGAAAUACAACACCAGUAUGGAUUUUCUGUGUAAAUUUGAGAAACUUUGUGGAUCCAAAGCCAGCGUAAAAAGAUUAAGAGAACAUCCUAGUUACCAUACAUUUAUGAAUAAAUGGAGUCUACCAGUAUAUUUCCAGAUUAGGUUUCAAGAUAUAGCAGGACAAUUAGAGACAGCUUUAUGUACUGGUUUAAAUACAGUGACAGGAAACAAACAUUUCCAUCUUCAUUCAACCGUAACGUUAGAGGAAUGUGUACGGAGAUGUUGGGAAGAAGAUAUAUACCUACAGCCUCUUUGUCAGAAAUUCUGGAGGCUGACAUUACAGAUGUUCAGUAGAUAUGCCACAUGGAUCCAUGAUUUAUAUCAAGAUGAGGUUGUAAAUAAGAAAAGUCCAGAGGUUAAACCAAAUCCAGUAAAUGAAGACAAUCCUCCAGAAGGCCAACAACAGAAUGACGGCCCCACAGUACCAGUUCAACCUCCUAUCACUAAUGGUCAAAUACUUUGUCUAAUAUCUGAUGUGGAAAGUUUGUCACAGCAGGUAUCAAUAAUUUUUGCAGACAUAUUGAAACCAAGAUUGUGUGCCUUGGGAGUUGAUAAUGUAGAUUCUUUAUUAGAUAAUAUUAGAGAAAGCAGUGACCAGAUUAAAUCUGAGCUCCCACAAUUCCAGAGUUAUAUUGUACAGGAUGUGUGUAGUCAGUGUGCUGUACAUCUUAAACAAGUCAAUGACAUUCCAAGGUUAUACAGGAGAACCAAUCGAGAGGUGCCUAGUAAGCCUUCCCAAUACAUACAGAAUGUUUGUAAACCACUCACAAAUCUACUGGAAGACAGUGGCAGUGUUCUAAGUGAAGGCGUCAAGAAUGGCCUCUUACAAGAUAUAUUUUCUUCACUUGCUGAACAAUAUUAUUCUUCAACCUCUGAUGUUCUGACUUCUGUAAAGAAAAUGGAGGAAAGUUUAAAAAGACUGAAAAAGGGUAGAGGGACAGAUAAGAGUGCAGGAUCACAAGGGUUUACAGAUGAUGAUAAGAUACGACAGCAAGUUAUGAUAGAUAUAGAAAACUAUGGGCAGCAGAUAACAAACUAUGGAGUAGACCCAGCAGUGCUUGAACAUUAUCAGAAAUUACUUCAAUUGUCAAAUGAAGCUAAAUCUGCUAUGACUACCAGUAACUAACUGUGAUAUUUUUUAUACAGAGGGAUAAUAUAUUAAAUUAAUAUGGGAUCUGU